AUGUCAAUUCCUUUAGAACAACAAGUUACUUUACCAGACGGACAGAAAUUCGUCUUGCCUACUGGUUUAUUCAUUAACAAUGAAUUUGUCAAAUCCAAAAGCGGUCACACUUUAGAAUCCAUUAAUCCAGCUACGGGAGAAGUCAAUGGUUCCGUUUACGCAGCAGAAGCAGAAGAUGUUGACGUUGCAGUUGCAGCAGCUAAAGAGGCUUUUAAAUCUUGGAAAAAAGUGACUGGCGUGGAAAGAGGCAUUUUAUUGAACAAGUUGGCAGAUAAAUUGGUUGAACAAAGAGAUUUGUUGGGAUCGAUUGAAGCUUGGGAUUCGGGAAAGACUAAGGAGCAGAAUGCUGUUUACGAUAUUGAUGAAUGUGUUAGUUGUUUUAGAUACUUUGCGGGAUGGGCUGAUAAGAUUACUGGGAAAGUGAUUCAAAAUGAUCCCAAGAAAUUGGCCUAUACUGUUCAUGAACCAUUGUCUGUAGUCGGUCAAAUUGUUCCCUGGAAUUAUCCAUUGGCAAUGUCUGCUUGGAAAUUGGCCCCAGCUUUAGCUACUGGUAAUGUUGUUGUUUUGAAAACUUCUGAAAUUACUCCGUUGUCAAUGUUGUAUGUUGCUCAAUUGAUUAAAGAUGUUGGUUUCCCACCCGGGGUCGUCAACAUCAUUUCAGGUUAUGGGAAGACCGCAGGUACUGCAUUGUGUAAACACCCUGAUGUUGCCAAGAUUGCAUUCACGGGAUCCACAGCAACUGGUAAGUUGAUCGCCAAGAUGGCAGCUGAUACCAUGAAAGCAGUCACUUUGGAGUGUGGUGGUAAAUCACCUUUGAUUAUUAGAGCAGAUGCCGAUUUAGAUCAGGCAGUGAAAUGGGCAGCUAUAGGUAUCAUGUCGAACCAAGGUCAAAUUUGUACUGCCACUUCUAGAAUUUAUGCCCAUGAAUCAAUUUACGAAAAGUUUGUUUCUGCGUUAUCAGCUCAUGUCCAACAAGAGUACAAACAGGGUGGUAUGUUUGAUGGAGACGCUAUUGUUGGGCCACAAGUUUCGGAGCAGCAACGUGACAAGGUAUUGAAGUAUAUCGACAUUGGUAAACAAGAAGGUGCUAGAGUUGUAUUGGGUGGUGAAAGAAACACUGAAGGUGAUUUGUCAAAGGGUUUCUUCAUCAAGCCAACAAUUUUUGCCGAUGUCAAACCAUCAAUGAGAAUAGUUAAUGAAGAAAUUUUUGGUCCCGUGGUUUCUGUUGGUAAAUUCAGCACAGACGAGGAAGCCGUCAAAUUAGCCAAUGGUACUGAAUAUGGAUUGGGUGCUGCUAUAUUCACUAAUGACUUAACUGUUGCACACACAAUGGCAUCUGAUAUUGAAUCGGGUAUGGUGUGGAUCAACUCGUCCAAUGACUCUGAUGUCCAUAUUCCAUUUGGUGGAGUUAAGAUGUCUGGUGUUGGUAGAGAAUUGGGUGAGUAUGGUUUGGAUAUGUAUACUCAAGCAAAAGCCAUCCAUGUCAAUUUGGGCACCAAAUUGUAA